AUUUGGUCAGCAUCAAGGUCGAACCAGACCACGCAAAUCCAUCCCCAUCACUCUCUCUCGCCGUCGCACCAGCCGUCCCUCGCCGCCGGCGCCACCGCGCCGCCGCCGGCAGAAGUACACCAUGCUCCGCCUCCACAAGUAUGUCCUCACCCAACUGCUCCCUUCUUCCUCCGCCUCUACCAUCUCCCUCCUUCUCCACCGCCUCAUCUCCGCCGUUUCCCCCAACCCUAGUAGCUUUGCGGCGGAGGAGUACCUCGUCGCCACCUGCGGCCUCACCCGACCACAGGCCGCCAAGGCCUCUCCGAAGCUCUCCCACCUCAAAUCCCCCGCCAAGCCUGACGUGGUGCUCUCCUUCCUCGCCGGUCUCGGCCUCUCCACCGCCGAUGUCGCCGCCCUCGUCGCCAAGGACCCCAAGUUCCUCUGCGCCGGCGUGGAGAGAACCCUGGCCCCCGUCGUUGCCGGGCUCGCCGGCCUCGGCCUCUCGCGUUCUGAGAUCGCGCGCGUGGUCUCGCUCGCCGGUGAGUUCUUCCGCCGCAGAUCUGUCGCCUUGAAGCUAUCCUACUUCCUAUCAGUCUUCGGUUCCAACGGUGACCUGUUCCGGGUACUCAAGCACAACCCCAAUCUCCUCGGAUGCGACCUCGACAAGGUUGUCAAGCCCAACGUCGCCUUCCUCCGGGAGUGCAGGCUCGAUAAUUGCGUUAUUGCCAAGCUGUGCAUCCAUUCGCGAUGGCUGCCCGCCAUCAACCUGGAACGCCUCCGGGCAAUGGCGACAUGCGCCGAAGGUAUAGGUGUGCCACGUGGCUCUGGGAUGUUCAGACGGGCCUUGCAUGCUGUCGCACUUCUCAGCCAGGAGAAGAUCACCGCCAAAGUGGACUACUUGAAGAACACGUUCAGGUGAUCAGAUGCCGAGGUGGGUAUUGCUGUUUCUAAGGCUCCAGUUGUGCUGAGGAAGAGUAAGGAAUCACUGCACCCUAGGUCAGGGUUCCUCAUCUCCGAGGUGGGGUUGGAACCGGCAUAUAUUGCUUGUCGUCCGGCAAUAUUCACAUACAGCUUGGAGGGCCGGCUCAGACCCCGGUACUAUGUCGUCAAAUUUCUCAAGGAAAAUGGAUUGCUAGAUCAAGACAGGGACUUCUAUGCUGCAGUCAUGAUCAGCGACAAGGUAUUCGUCGAGAGGUUCAUAUGCCCUCAUAAGGGAGGUUCCAGCUAGAUUCAGUUUUACAUGAACCAAGGGUAAUAAGAAAAUUGGUAUGUUCAUUAUGUCAUUCAUUCAGUAGAGAAGAAAGCAUCGCACUGCUAUGAACUUGUCUUUGUCAUAUUGCACACAUAUUGGAACUAGGAGAGUAUGAGUUCAGGGUAUUCUGCAAAUUCUUUGAAGUAUCCAUGAGUAGUAUUUCUGCACACUCUCUGUUUGUAUGUUCUGAAAUGGCCAUUUCAGUUUUGAAUGCAAUCCUCAAUCAAUAUUUCCAUGAAAGAAUGGUCUCAUUUUGGCCAUGAAGAUGAUAUCAAGUCUCAACCUUCCCUUUGGAUGAGAAUUUUGAACCUCUUUUUCCUUGGGAAGCAAUUUUGGAUUUGUUGAUGUGCUGAUCACUGUUGAAGAUCCAGUUUUGAUCUAGUUUGUUGGUUGGUUGGUUGCUUUAGUUCUUCUAAGCUGAAAUAUUCCUUCUUCCUGGAGUAGCUUUGUUUAUAAGAUAUUAACUGUUGUGAAAGCAGGCCAUUGUUGAGUAGCAUUUAACGAUCAGCUGUGUGCCGCCCUUGUCUGGUGCUUGUUGAAAUUAUAGAAUCAAGAUUAAUGAAAUGUAGGCGAAGUGAACAGGUUGGCUGAUGAAGUGACUUACCACCAGCCACCAGGUGAGAAGAUAUGGAGUUCUUCCUCAAGCAAAAAGUGGCUGGGCAAUAGGAUCAUACUGAUUUACUGAAUUUGAAUUUUUGCAAUUGAAAUGUGCUGAAACUGGAUGUAGAUGCUGCUUUCUUUCCCAGGAAACGACGUGAAACAUGUGGGCAUUGGCUUUGAUGCACUAUACAUGAUUCUGCAGGCUCUGUAAGUUGAUGAUGCCCUGAAGAUUCAGUGACAAGUAUGGCCUGACGCUGGUGUAAGUUUUAUUCAGGGAAGCUCCUACUUGUCUCUUUUUUGAAUUUUGCAAGUUAAAGUAAACCUUCUAGUAUUAUACUAGAGAUUGUAACAUGGUGGCUAACGAGUUGCUGUCGCAUGCCUGUCGGAUUCAUCAGCUCAGCUUAGUGAGGCAAACUGAACAAAAUAGCAGCAUCUUGUGCUUUAAUCAAUCCAUACUUGGAGCUCCGUGCGCUUAUAUUUGAAAAAAAAGAACGAAUCAUGCAUGCAUGUAAACAGAAAGUGUGAUGUAAAUUUUCUACUCUGAAUUCUGAAUUUGAAUCAGAGUUGAUUGUUAACUCCAAAUCUUUCAGACUUCAUGGGUUACACCCAAGUAAGUCUGAAGCUAUAGUAUGUGUUUAAAUUUUUUAACUUGAAUCAGAGCAGAAAGUUAACAGCAACCUUAUAACAAAGUUUUUUUUUGCUGUACUUAUUCCCUCCAACACGGCAUUUUCUAUAUUUGGCUGCCAGAAGCUAAUACGGCUAACAUUAAUAGACGCUUCGCUUCAGACUCUUCAGAGCCACAACUCAGUAUUUUCUAUUAUCACAGCGGCAUCUCUAUGACACUUGUUCUUAAGUUUUCCUAACAUUGGGACUGGGGUUAACUAAUUAUGUUGAGAAAUAAUUUUCUCAUCUUAAAAAACAUCAAUGAUUAGAGGUUUCUGAGCAAAAAGCUAUUCUGUAGUUUUCAUAAAUGUCCAAUUCAGUCUAUUAAAGUGGGCAUAUUUUCAUACAGGUUCAGCGAAGGAGAAAUGUCAAUAUAAAAGUGCGAAUAAAAUUGUUUUACCAUAUAAUUUAAAGUGUGCAUUUUUAGUAUCUAAUGUACUGAAGGCAUGUAUGUAUACCAAUUGCAAAUGCUAGCUGAUUGCAUCGUUCUUAUUUCUGGAAUUUCUUCAAUAUUUUCUCUAAAUGUUGGUUGUGUGGAUCUGACACGGAAAAUGAGAGGAAGAAUUUAGGGUGACAUAUUGGUGAGGAAGAACGACAGAUUUCUUUUCUCUCUCGCUUCUGAACACUAUAUGGUCCUACUUAUUGUUGCAUGGUUAACAAUGCAAAUUGCAAACCACCAGUGGAGUUACAUGUAUAGUGCAAAUGCGAGACAAUAGAACGAAUCUGGAGUUGUUCAUAUCUGCUCCAUAGAGACAAUUGUUAUAAUUUUCGGGGUUAAAACAGGAGCUGUAUUUUAUCAUCAACUGUCAGCACCUUGCCUUCAUCAUGUAUUAAGUUUACUAGUGGCUAAGUUUUUUUUUUGUUUAGUCUGUUGCAUGCUACUUUGGUCGCUGCUAGCUCUUGAUGAGACUGAUACUUUCGUUCCUUGAUGGCAAUUCUUUGAUGCAUUACAAAAAAGAAAACUAUUUUCAGCUUAGUAGGUGUGGUUUGUUGCAAGAAUUUUAGUAUUUUCACCAAGCAGACCAUGAAGUUAGCUGGUAUUCGAUCUCUGGGCAGAAGGAAAAUGAUACGGAAAGCAUCAUAGAAGGUGAUAAUGGUUCAUGUAGUCCAUCACACGUAUGCACUUGACACAUCAUACAUCAGUCGGAUUCGGGAGCGCUUGUUCCUUGCCUCCUUUGUACUUAGAGUCUUUAUUUUAGAGCAAGCAUGGCACCAACUUGACUGCCACGGUCCGGUAGUAUACAUUCUUUCAGUGUGGUAAGUAGAGAAAGAAACUACUAUUAACCCCUCUUUUCUUACUGUGUGAGCUUCUUGAGAGAACUAGCCUUUAUUCCCUGAAAGGCAGAGAGGUAAGACAUGGCAGGGCACUGGAGUUGUCGUCCCUUUCUCUAAUCCAAACCACCUGAACUCAAAAGUUUUCAAUUUACUGAAUAUACACGAUGAUUUCUUUCUUUCUUUCUUCCAGAGGAAGAAGAUGUGCUGAAAUGGUGUGCUACGCACGUCCGUGUUUUUGGAGGCGGAUCAGCAAAUUUUGAGCUGAGAAGAAGGUAUUGUAUGUCGACCUUUAUUGUAGGCAUCAGUCAGCAACAAGAAUGGAGAGGGUGAAGCACCACUUGAAGAAACUUAAUGAGGCAAAAGCUAAUGCAGCACGCUCGUUGAGAGGCUGCAUCCAUCCCUGCCGUUGGCUGGCUGCUGGACAAAACUGGAGCUAGGCAUGAUUGGCUAGACGCACUUGAUCUUCUUGAACCUGGCCGGCGACGAUAGAGGCAGCUCGAGUGGGCAGGUGGCCUCCAGCCUGUGCGCGUCGCCGUGUGGAGGGUACUUGACCUCCCCGGCGAGCUUGAGCUGCAGUCGGAACACGCCUGCCGCCGCGCUCUCCUUCACAAACUCUGCCACCCCGACGCUUCCGAGUGGGGCGGCGCUCUCGCCCGACGCCGCGACCUUGUACACCUCCUUCUUCCAUGGCCGGAUAUACCCGUGCGAGCUCCCCCGCAUCCUGAUGCUGGCGAAGCGCUCGCCGGCAAAGAGCAGCUCGGCGUCGAGAGGCGCGCCAACCCUGGCGUGCAUGGCCCAGUUCCGGUUGUGCACGGCGACGGCGAGGGAGAUGUCGUAGGAGAGCAUGGUGCCGUUGGGGCCGGCGAGGGCCAGGCGGGCGAGGGAGGCGUCCUCGACGGCGGCGCGGACGUGGAGGACAAAGGCGAAGGCCGCGACGAGGAUCGCAGCCAGGUGGGCGGAGCCCCGAGAGCGGUCGUCGCACAAGCAGCAGCAAAGACAGCUGCAGUCGCAGUCGCCAUCGCCGUCGCUCAUCGUGCUGCUUGUUUCUUGUUUGUGCCUGAUCUGAUUCUGAUCGACUCGGCAGCAAGGCAAAGCGAUGUAUGCAUAUAUAGUAGGAGUAGAUCAGACACUAGAGAUGAAAACGGAUCCGACUCCAACGAGUCGGUCGCAACACCUUCCAUUUUCGAUCAUGACGGCGUUCCCGUGUUCGUCUCCAGGUCGGAUUAGAUAGCCAAGGGAGGUCUCCGUUUUGUUUGUAGCAAAUAUUUGGACCUGCUCUAGUGCAAAUUCGGCGCGAGUAUCCAAUAUUUUUUCCGUGGGGAAUUUUGAAUCGAGACUUUCUGUUA